AUGGCUUCGUGUAAUCUUCACUGUUUUGGGGUCCUAUUGCUCCUCCUUUCAUUUCAUCAUGUUUCUCACACAACUUCCACGCCUGAAGUUUACAUAGUUUAUUUAGGGCGCAAGUACAGUCAUAAUGAUCCGAAGCUCACCUCAACGCACCAUCUUCAACUCCUUUCUAACGUCUUUUCAACUGAAGAAGAUGCCAAGCAAUCCAUGCUCUACAGCUACAAGCAAAGUCUCUCGGGUUUUUCAGCAAUGCUCAAUUCAAGCCAAGUAGCUGCCUUGGCCAAGAAAGAAGAAGUUAUAUCCAUUUUCAAGAGCAAGAUGCUGCAGUUACACACCACCAGAAGCUGGGACUUCAUGGGUCUCAGCUUGAGCAAUAGUGACGAAGCCACUCCUUUGCAGCUUGCCUAUGGUGAUAACAUCAUUGUUGGAUUGAUUGAUUCAGGUAUAUGGCCGGAAUCUGAAAGUUUUCAGGAAGAACCGGGGAUGAAACCUAUCCCUUCAACUUGGAAAGGAAAAUGUGUGAAAGGAGAAAUGUUUAACCCUGAAAAGGCAUGCAACAAGAAGCUAAUUGGUGCUCGUUACUACGUCGAAGGUUUCGAGAGGUCGUACGGAUUACUAAACAAGAGUGGAAAUCCCGAAUACCGAUCACCAAGAGACUUUCUCGGCCACGGAACUCACACCGCCUCCACCGCGGUCGGGUCCAUAGCCAACGACGCGAGCUUCUUAGGGUUAGGGCAGGGCACUGCCAGGGGCGGAGCGCCUAGGGCUCGCCUGGCGGUCUACAAAGCAUGUUGGGGAAAGGACUACAUGGGACAGUGCAGUGAGGCGGAUAUAUUGGCGGCUUUCGACGACGCUUUGCAUGACGGCGUUCACGUGAUAUCGGCGUCGAUUGGGUCGACGCCGCCAUUGCCGGAGCUUUUCGCAUCGAGUAACGCUAUUGGCUCCUUCCAUGCAAUGCAACUGGGAAUCAGUGUGGUUUUUGCGGCCGGAAAUGAUGGACCGGAUCCGGGUCUUGUCUCAAACGUCGAGCCAUGGGGUAUUUCUGUUGCUGCCUCUUCUGUCGAUAGAAAGUUUCCGACCAACAUAAUUGUGGAAAGCAACUUCUCCAUCAUGGGGGAAAGCUUCAUUACUUCACCAGUUACUGCAAAGCUGGUGGAUCCAAUUACAUAUUUCACAAAUGGGAUUUGCAACUUGAAUUAUCGGAAAAAUUCAAAAACAGCCACCGGAAGGGUUAUGCUAUGCUUCUCCUCCGUCGGACCGGUAGAGGCUGGAGAUGCACAAGCGGCUGCUUUUGGUGUCAAUGCGUCAGCUUUGAUCUUCGUUCAAGCUGUGACAAAGCUGACGGGUCCUGAUCCCUUUCGGCCUACUGUCUAUGUUGACAUUGAUCAAGGAACUAAAAUUAAGCACUAUCUUGCUCUGUUUCAGAGGCUCCCUACUGUGCAAAUAGCACCAGCUAAAACUAUUAUCGGAAAGUCAUUAGCACCAAGAGUUGCAUCCUUCUCUUCAAGAGGCCCAAGCUCCCUUGCACCCGAUAUUCUUAAGCCAGACAUAAGCGCUCCAGGAGUAAAUAUAUUAGCUGCAUGGCCAACGAAAACGCCUCCAACUGUUGUUCCUUCUGAUUUUUACAAACAACCGGUUAGUUGGAAUAUUAUCUCAGGAACAUCAAUGUCAUGCCCUCACGUCUCUGGCAUUGUCGCCCUUCUCAAGUCUGCACAUCCAAAUUGGUCUCCCGCCGCAAUAAAGUCCGCUCUCAUGACAACAGCAUAUACGAGGGACAGUUCCCUUGACUACAUUCUAAAUGGCGAUUCAAAGAAAGUUUCCGACCCCUUUGACAUUGGCGCUGGUCACGUCGAACCCUUGAAGGCAAUGGAUCCGGGCUUAGUUUACGAUAUGAAAACUGUUGAUUACAUUCUGUUCCUCUGCAACCUUGGCUACUCCCAGAAACAAAUAAAGGCCUUGGUUCUCUCCUCCCCAGAGAUCGACACUAGUUGUUCGCGCGUAAUGAAAUCGAAUGCCAACGUAAAUUACCCUUCGAUCACAGUUUCCGAUCUUCAGUCUGCUACGACGAUCAAAAGGACAGUGCGCAACGUUAGUCCAAGCAAAUUUUCCGUGUAUUUCAGCAGCAUUGUUAAGCCUGAUGGAGUGGAGGUUGUGGUGUGGCCUAGGGUUUUAGUCUUUUCAUGGUCCAAAGAAGAAAUUACGUAUUACGUGACACUCAUACCAAAGAAGAAUUCUCAAGACAGAUACGACUUUGGGGAAGUAGUUUGGUCAGAUGGUUUUGGCCAUAAGGUUAGGAGUCCUUUGGUUGUAUGUGUGAACACAAUUGCAGGCACCGAUUAUAAUUAUGGCCCCACAAGUACUCGUACCAUUACAAGCGCAACUUAGGUUUCUUCCUUUGUCUUUGAAUCUACUUUUGUUUUUGGAAUAGCUUUUGACAUCAGUUCUACUUAUGCUUGAUCAGU